GAGACAGCUGCCAAAAGUCAAAAAGCGAAUUGCCAAAUCAAUCUGCCAAAAAUUCCGCUGAGGCGGUGGAAAGGUCCCGCAACCAUGGCUCACUGUAUGAGAGUUUUGCAUGGCCAAGGUAGCAGGACAAGGAUAGCAUUCGUGGAAAUCCAGCAAAGAUGCUUCAGCGUGUCACCACUCACCGCCGCGGCGGCCCAGGUCGCCAUGUCAAAGUUCGACAAAGCUCCUUUGCCGUACGACAAGUUGACCAAGACUUUGGAAGUUGUCAAGAAAAGGUUAGGUCGUGAUAUGACCUUGUCUGAAAAAGUUCUAUAUUCUCACUUGGAUGACCCCAAAGGACAGGAAAUCGAGCGAGGCACCACCUACCUUAGGCUACGUCCAGACAGAGUGGCCAUGCAGGAUGCGACAGCUCAAAUGGCCAUGUUACAGUUCAUCUCAUCAGGCCUGCCAACGGUCGCCGUACCGUCUACCAUCCACUGUGAUCACUUGAUUGAGGCGCAGAUUGGCGGCGACAAGGAUUUGGCGAGAGCUAAGGAUCUCAACAAGGAAGUAUACAAGUUCUUGGAAACCGCUGGAGCUAAAUAUGGUGUUGGGUUCUGGAAACCAGGUUCUGGCAUCAUCCAUCAAAUCAUCUUAGAAAACUACGCUUUCCCUGGUCUCCUAAUGAUUGGUACUGACUCCCACACGCCCAACGGAGGAGGUCUUGGUGGACUUUGCAUUGGUGUCGGUGGCGCGGACGCCGUAGACGUAAUGGCCGACAUCCCAUGGGAACUGAAGUGCCCGAAGGUUAUCGGCGUUAAGCUGACUGGUCAACUCAAAGGCUGGACGAGCCCUAAGGACGUGAUCCUCAAAGUGGCUGGUAUCCUCACAGUAAAGGGAGGUACUGGAGCCAUUGUGGAGUACCAUGGACCUGGUGUAGACUCCAUCUCCUGUACUGGCAUGGCCACCAUCUGCAACAUGGGCGCUGAAAUCGGUGCUACUACUAGCGUAUUCCCCUUCAACUCACGCAUGGCCGCCUACUUAAAGUCAACUGGACGCCAGGACAUCGCCAACGCGGCCAACGCCAACAAGCAUCUGCUCACGCCCGACCCCAAAGCGCCCUAUGACCAGCUCAUCGAAAUCGACCUCUCAACCCUCGAGCCCCACGUCAACGGCCCUUUCACGCCGGAUCUGGCCAACCCCAUCUCGAAGCUCGGCGAAGCGGCCAAGAAGCACGACUGGCCCAUGGACAUCCGCGUCGGCCUCAUCGGAUCCUGCACCAACUCCUCCUAUGAGGAUAUGGGUCGCUGCGCCAGUAUCGUUAAAGAGGCACUUAAGCACGGCGUGAAAUCUAAGAUCCCCUUCAACGUGACCCCCGGGUCGGAGCAAGUUCGCGCCACCAUCGAACGCGACGGCAUCGCACAAACUCUUCGUGAUUUCGGCGGCACUGUGCUAGCAAAUGCUUGCGGCCCCUGCAUCGGUCAAUGGGACCGCAAGGACGUGAAGAAGGGCGAAAAGAACACGAUCGUGACGUCAUACAACCGCAACUUCACGGGUCGCAACGACGCCAACCCCGCCACGCACUGCUUCGUCACCAGCCCUGAGCUUGUCACCGCACUGUCUCUAGCUGGUCGCCUGGACUUCAACCCCGUAACGGAUGAGCUGACUGGCAAGGACGGCAAGAAGUUCAAGCUGUCGGACCCCUUCGCUGACGAGCUGCCCGCUAAAGGCUUCGACCCCGGCCAGGACACGUACGAGCACCCGCCCGCUGACGGAUCCAAGGUGCAAGUCGACGUAUCCCCCACAUCGGACCGUCUCCAACUCCUGCAGCCCUUCGACAAGUGGGACGGCAAGGACCUGACCGACAUGACCAUCCUCAUCAAGGUGAAGGGCAAGUGUACCACCGACCACAUCUCCGCCGCCGGGCCCUGGCUCAAGUACCGCGGGCACCUCGACAACAUCUCCAACAAUAUGUUCCUCACCGCAACAAAUGCCGAAAACGGCGAACUGAACAAAGUUAAGAAUCAAGUAACCGGCGAAUGGGGACCAGUACCGGCCACCGCGCGCGCCUACAAAGCCAAGGGCGUGCGUUGGUGCGUUGUUGGUGAUGAGAACUACGGUGAAGGCUCCAGCCGCGAGCACGCUGCUUUGGAGCCCAGGCAUCUUGGCGGCAGGGCCAUCAUUGUCAAGUCCUUUGCCAGAAUCCACGAGACCAACCUGAAGAAACAAGGUCUGUUGCCGCUGACGUUCGCGAACCCCGCCGACUACGACAAGAUCCAGCCCACGGACAAGAUCUCCCUGCUCGGCCUUAAAGACCUCGCGCCGGGAAAGCAAGUAGACUGCGAGAUCAAGCACAAAGACGGCAAAACUGAACGCAUCAAGCUCAACCACUCCCUGAACGAGCAACAGAUCGCCUGGUUCAAAGCCGGCUCCGCUCUCAACAGGAUGAAGGAGAUCGCUCUUGGAAAGUGAACACCACCAAACUAACCGCACUGAUAUAGAAUUUAGUCGUGUACGAGUUUUUUGAUUGUACCAUAGACAAUUUACCAAUUGUUUUUGUUACCAUAUUUAAAAAUGUGUAUGAAUUAUUAAAGCAGUAUUGUUUAUGAGCCAUUUAUGUAUAAAGUAAUGUAGUGUUUUUUAACUGACAGUACUUAAAGCAAAAGCUUGAAAGGGCUAGAUCCCAGAGGGAGCUAAAAAAGCAAAAUUGAGCCUUGGCUUAUCUUUUACUUAAAACUAGUAAAAAAUAGCUGAGCCAGUGAGUCAAUUUUUUUUAGUAAAAAAUAUAUAUAUAUAAUAGUGCAUUUUUGAUGAUAAUAAUUAUUAUUAAUGUAAAGUAACACCAGACAAUACUUGCAACGCGGUGGUGAAUCUAUUAGCGUAGAUCAUUUUAUAGAUGAAAUUAGAAAUUAAGUUUCAACUUUUUUUCAACUUAAACCAAUAAUAAUUAAGUGAAAUUGUUUUAUUCUAUUUAUGUACAUAAUGUUAAA